ACCUCAGCAUGGUGGCAAGUUUUGCCAAGGCUCAAGUCGCAUUUAUCAGCUUUGCAACACUCAGCUCUGUGCAUCAAACAGUCCAGACUUCCGAGCCCAGCAAUGUGCUGAGUAUAAUAGCAAACCUUUCCGUGGAUGGUACUAUAAAUGGAAACCCUACACCAAAGUAGAAGGUGCUGUUACAAGGGAAAAAUCCUGGCAUUUUGUGGAGGUAUACCUUACCUAAGGUGAAUAAUGAGAACAAGAUAUUCACAAAAAGGCAUAGCUACUCAUGGGUGAUGGUGCAGUCAGAUUGCUCAGCGACCUGUGGUGGGGGGCAUUUGAUAGCCAAAGCUGUGUGUUUACAGGAUCAUCAAACCCGUGUAAAUUCUUCAUUUUGUGGCCCAAGGACAAAACCUUUAACAGAAACAAUGAUGUGCAAUGCAAAUCCUUGCCCUGCCUAUUGGUCAGCAGGUGAAUGGAGCAUUUGCAGCCAGUCCUGUGGUGGGGGACAGCAAAGCCGUCAUAUCCAAUGUGUCCAGAAAAAGGCUUUUCAUAAGGAAGAGGUUGUGGCUCAUGCUCUCUGCCCAGUAACCACUCCAGCACAAAUACAGGCAUGUAAUAACCAGGACUGCCCACCGGAAUGGAAUCCUGGGCCUUGGUCACAGUGUUCCAAAACUUGUGGACGAGGCAUAAUGAAACGUGAGGUUUCCUGCAGAAGUGUAGGCACAUCUAUCUUAAAAAUCGUGCCAGAGAGUUUGUGCAACAGCCAAACCAAGCCAGAAAUGCAACAGACCUGCGUGUUGGGACGAUGCCCUAAAAAUGAGCGUCUUCAAUGGGUGAUUUCCGCAUGGAGUGAGUGUUCUUCUACCUGUGGGCCGGGUAUUAGGAGGCGAGAAAUGCAGUGCAUUGAGAAAAGUAUUGGUGGGAAAUUGAUCACUUUCCCAUUGCGCCGCUGUCGAAAUCUUAAAAAGCCAAGCAUUGAUUUGGAAGAAGUAUGCCACCAAGGACCAUGUCCUAUGCAUCCUCUGUACAAUAGGAUAUCAGGGUGGUAUUCUUCACCUUGGCAGCAGUGCACAGUGACAUGCGGUGGGGGAGUACAAACACGGAGUGUGCAGUGUCUCCUUCAAGGCCAGCCAGCCACUGGGUGUCUGCUUCACCAGAAGCCUGCAAUGUCACGAGCCUGCAAUACUAAUUUCUGCCUUGCUCCUGAGAAGAAAGACGAUCCUUCUUGCGUGGACUUCUUCGCUUGGUGCCACCUGGUUCCUCAACACGGUGUCUGCAAUCACAAAUUUUAUGGCAAACAGUGCUGCAAAUCAUGCACAUGGAAGAGCUGACUUGAACAUGUCGGGCUGAGGCUUCAUCAGGUUGAUUCUAUUUUGUCAAGACUGGGUUUUCCAGAACCAAACGUCACCUGAAUUGUCAAGGAAAAUGGCAACUUUGUAACAUCACAGUGGUAAAUUUAUGAUGAAUCUUCAUGGACUGGAUUUUGAACAUAGGGUGGAAUAAGACUAAGAAAUAUUCCCACUUCAUGGCCAAACUUGAUCCCGAACCCACUGGAUUGGCAUAUUUGGCAUGGUGGUCCUCUACAGAGUCAAUACAGAGAGCCUAAAAUAGGGAAACAGGACAUUUUAUAGAGACAUGUUAGCUAAUGUGGUGUUUGUCAGCAGAGUCCUUCAUAAGGAGGAGACUGUCCCUUAGGCUUAUUACAACAGUGACUGCUGAGACUGUGAAUAGCUAUACACAACAGUGGUGUGGUAUCUAGACAAAUGCUAUACUGCACAAUCAAGAAUAAAGGUGCUUUUCUAUUUCAGGUGCUUCUGGGAAACUAAGGGCUAUAUCAAAAUGGAACUCCUUGCUUUGUUGUGUUACUCUUUCCAUGUUUAGCAAUAAAUCAGUCAUUGUUUACUAGCCACUUGAAUGGGCUGGCAUGCCUUGGGAUACUCAUCCAACAAAACCCCAUUGAAUUUUUUUUAAAACAUAGCAUUUCUGUGUUGUAUGAGCAAAGUAGAAUUUCAUUCUGUGAGAAUUUCACACCUUACAUAUGGGCUUUGCCUUAUUAUUCACUCAUGUUGAAAAUUCCACCAUCAUCUUGUUUACAUUAAAUAUUGAAGUUGAUUUUUGCUGACUGUUCCAGGACUUGGGUGUCCCUUGUAAAAACCAGACAUUUUUUUGCUAUUCAAACAUUAAAAGAAAUGAGAAGGAAAUUGCAACUAUGGCCGAAAUAGUAGGAAUUGCAUUAAAUUCAUUAACCAUUUCAGACUGAUCUUGCUGAAUUCAAACACAAAUGUAAAAUGCGAUUACUUGAACUUUUAUGCAGACAAAUAGUUAUUUUUUCUUCAUCCAUUCCAUCUGCAAAC